GCCGUUGGAUUUUCCAAGACCAUUUUCACCCUGGUUGCCAUAGGUUUCCUCGAUCGAGUCGGACGACGCCCGUUGCUUCUAACGAGCGUGGCCGGGAUGAUAGCCUCGCUUCUCUGUCUCGGUACGAGCCUCACAAUCGUCGAUCAUGAAACCGAGAAGAUGAUGUGGGCGUCUGUUUUGUGCUUGACCAUGGUAUUAGCCUACGUCGGGUUCUUCUCGAUCGGGAUGGGGCCCAUUGCGUGGGUCUACAGCUCUGAGAUCUUCCCGUUGAAGCUACGUGCUCAAGGUUGCAGCAUGGGAACAGCCGUGAAUAGGAUUAUGAGUGGAGUCCUCUCAAUGAGUUUUAUCUCGCUGUAUAAGGCGAUAACGAUGGGUGGGACCUUCUUUCUUUAUGCAGGAAUUGCGACGGUUGGUUGGGUGUUCUUUUAUACAAUGCUCCCGGAAACACAGGGUAGAACCCUUGAAGACAUGGAGGUCUUGUUUGGCAAGUUCUGGAGGUGGAGAGAGGGCUAUGCACUGCUCAGAAACAAAAGGGCCGUCGUAUGUUAGUGAGUUUACUUGGGUGAUAUAGUAUAUGAAAGCACUUGAACUCUAGAGUAGGUGUUUGAUUGAAAAAUUGUUGUAUGCGUCGGUUAUAUAUUUGUCGCUACAAAUGCUCCUAUUAGAGAAGACAGUAGCGCUCGGCCUGGUCCCAUUUUUGGAGGUCCGAUGGUCGGGGAAGAAGCCAAGUCAAUCAUGGAGCGUGUCACUACUACCCAUGAAAUUUCUUUUAUGAAGAUUUGAGUACAAGUUAAGAUGAAGAAACCAUAGUUAAGAUGAAAUUUGUUAUAUAUGUAUUGUGCAA